AUGAAGGUUCUAUCUAUUCUUAAUAUUGAUACAUCUCUUCGUCAACGUCGUCGUGAUCAAUUGGUCACUGCAUUGACUCCAUCUAGCAGACAUCAUCCUUGUUCGGUUCGUGGUGUCUCACAUAAUACAACAAUGGACGUUGAUAUCGAAUUUGCGAGAGAAAAAGAUCUUCACCAUAUCGCAUCUUCAUGUCAGAAGCAUAGACAUACCGCGACAUGUUUUAAAUAUUGGAAAGGUCCUCCAGAUCCAAAGCAGUGUCGAUUUGAUCUUGAUGAAAGACGAUUUCAACCCACUAGCUAUUUUGACAAAGAGGAAGGUGAGAUUUGUCUCAGAUGUUUGGAUGGUAUGGUCAAUAACUUCAAUGAAACGAUUCUGGAGCUGGUUCGCUGUAAUAUGGACAUCAAAUUCAUCAGUUCAGGUGCAUCUGCAAAAGCGAUCUUAUACUACAUCACGGACUAUAUCACGAAAUCGCAAUUGAAAGCCCAUGUUGCAUAUGCUGCACUGCGAUUGGCCGUCGAUAAAUUGGGUCAAUAUUGUCCAGGAGAUGAUGAUUUGACUGUUCGUGCGAAACGAUUGCUACAGAAGUGCGCCCAUGCAAUGAUAUCUCACCAAGAGCUAUCUGCUCAGCAAGUCUCUUCGUAUUUGCUCGAUUAUGAGGACCAUUUCACGAGCCAUGCCUUUAAUAAUUUGUAUUGGACAUCUUUUGAAAGGCAUAUAGAUGAGGAACAGCCAAGUUCGGAAUGCCAACCUGAUCGGACUGAUAAUAUCCAAGAGAAUUGUUGGCAGGCGCACGAAGAAGUGGAUGACAUGACAAAUGAUGACGAAUGUCAAGAGGACAACAGGAAUUGGAAUGAAGACACUGCUGAGAAUGAUGAAGAUGACGAUGAGGUCGGUGUGAGUGUGGAUCAUACUGGUAAUUUCGUUGAGAAGCCCUCUCAAUACAUGGACUAUAUAUUCCGUGGU